AAGGUAAAGAGCGUCCAAGGGAGGAACGCGCUGGGUUUUUUGUCGAUGAUUCUCGGGUGCGCGGCAUGGAUUGUCUUCGCCAUCCCUUCCAUGCCCGGCUCCUUGCCCGUGCUGGUGGUCAACGGCGUCGGGAUACUGAUCCAGGCGGCGUACAUCGCGCUCUUCCUCUGGUUCGCCAGCGCCGUCGUGCGCCGGAGGACCAUCAAGCAGCUCGUCUUCGUCGUGGCAGUGUCUGUGGUUCUGGCUCUGCUUAUGGUGGUGCUCGUGCUGGUCACAAAGGUGUGCAGCCCGAAGGUAUUCGGCGUCGUGGCAGCCACAUACAGCACGGGCCUGUUUGUUGUCUCGAUGGCAAUGGACAUGGUUGAUGUGGUGAAGAACCGGCCAGGCCAGCAGCACACGGCCAGGACAACCAUUUGGUCAUUGGAUUUAGACUUCACAAUCGAUGAUUUAUGUUUUGUGGUGGAUCUCACAAGUAUGUUAUGAGCUAGAUGAUGUAUUCAGUUGCAAGUAUUAUGCUUAUUAUGGGAUCUUUGAGAUAUUUCUAGUGUCUUGAUGACAUUAUUGACUGGAUCGAUGAUUUAUGUUUUGUGGUGGAUCUCACAAGUAUGUUAUGAGCUAGAUGAUGUAUUCAGUUGCAAGUAUUAUGCUUAUUAUGGGAUCUUUGA